AUGAAUUCAAAUUUCAACAAAGAUGGGCCAAUUUCAUUAUGGAAUGAUGAUAUAGAAGUAGCUUCAGAAGCAUAAACAGUUAAGAGGACGGAGAUCUAUCAAUAACGAAUAAAUUUUUUAGUCCUUGAAACAUCCAAUGAUGUACUUUCUUAUAGAAAUCUUUUAAAAUAUAAAUGUGCCUUAGCCAAAAGAAUCAAGAAAGCCAGAACUUGA